AGUCUAAAAGAAGCCCAAAGAAAGUCCGAUGAUGGCUGUUUCGAGGACGAGAAGAGAAGAAAAUAUCCGACAUUUCGCUCAUGUAUAUUAUCGCCGCCAUUUUGGAUGAUACUGUUAUGGCUGGCGAUCCUGCAGCUUCAGCUCAACUUCAUAUUCGGUGCAAUCUACUUUUUCCUCAGCAGGCUUACCAAUAACGACGAACGACUAGUGAGCCGGUACACCGAUGCAUUCGCGAUCAUCCAGGCUUUGGUGUUCUUCGGCGGGCCUCUCGCUGGUCUUCUUAUGGAUAGGAACAAGCUCCAGACACCCUGCUCUAUCGCCAAGAAACCUAAUGUUCGGGGUCAGUUUGCCGAUUUGCGAGAUAGCUGUCUCCCUCUAGCGGUCACAAGUCUCUCGGCAGUCGGUUACUCGGUAUGUCUCUUGAUACCAAGUCUUCCUCUUCAGUAUCUCACUUUUGUCUUCAUCCUUAUCGUGAGAACUUUUCUCUUUGGGACCGCGCCGGCGGUGACCACCAUCAUAUUUCCCAUGCAGUACUUCGCCAGGGUGUACGGUGCUAUUCGGACUAUGAGUGGUUUCGUAUCCUUCCUGCAGUACCCGAUCUUUAUCCUGAUCCAGAAUUAUUUCAAUGACGACCCUUUCUGGGUGAUCGUCGCCUUUAUCGUAGCCGAUUGUGUGACCCUCAUACUGCCUAUCGCCCUCUACGUCAUGUCAAGAGGAAAGUCCCAUGCAGCUGCAGGCCGUACGAGUGCCGAUCCCGGGUCACAAAAUUGAAGAAUAAAUUGCCUACUUUGUAUCAUGGGCAAUAAAAGGAGGAAUAUUUAGUGGGGUUGAAUUGUGUUUCUUGAAUUUCAAAAGGUUUUUGAGACAAUAUACGAUAACAUAUUAUUUUAA